GCAAAAUGUACGAACGGCUGUGAUGGGAAGUGAAGAUAGCAGCAGCAUGCGCAAUGACUUCAUCGGUUCGAUAUGCUUCCAGGCAUGCAAGAGCAGUAUUGCGGUACAAUCUGUCUCUUUUUUUUCUGUGAACCAUGACAGAUUCACCGAGUCGUUCGAACAGUAUGUACAUAUAGAUUAAGGGGGCGAGAAGAAAAGGUGUUUUUUCCGAAACUUUUCUGUGCUGGAAAAAGUGUCGUGAAAAAUGUGGUGACUUUGUUAGUCGAAAUUCGAUUUUGCCAUAGCUGCUAGCUUAAGCUACCAACAAUCAGGGUGCAUCUCAUGAGGAGGCAUCGCCAAUCUACAUGUAUUUUACGACAAUCGUCAAAGUGUUGAAAAUGAUCUAUCAGCUAUUUUGGUUCUUAACGACAUGCUUCACUUUUCUGUUCAAUGCACUGUGGCUGUGCUGUAACUUUGCCUCGGUCGGAAUACCGUGGUUGAUGUUGCUGUUCUUUUUGGUUUGCAUUGCGUCCAAGUUUGUCAAGCUGAAAUGCCCUGCCGGAGAGGUUGUGCAAUCGAUGCUUCACCGCAGCGAGAAGGAGGUCGGGUCCGAGGUGCUAUACUGGCCAAUUCUGGGUGGGGCCUUCGACGCACCGGAGAACUCUCUCGCCGCCAUCAACCAUUGCCUUUCGCAAAAAUGCUUCAACAUACUGCUCGACCUAAGCAUCACAAACGACGGCCACCUGGUUGUGCUGCACCGAUCGACCCUGGAGAAGGCCAACAUCAACCUGCCGGUUCACGGGCUCAAGCUGAAUGCACUCGAAAACUUUAACAUCACUGAACACCACCCACUGGGUCAGCACUUUCAGCCGGAAAAGGUUCUCACGUUUGAACGGUUGCUGAAGCUGCUGGAAACGAACGAGCUGACCGUGUUCCUGCUGGCGUCGCACACCAAUGCAAAGAUGGUCGAAAUCUUGCAGGAGGCCAUCGGUAAAAACUCGCUCUUCACCAAGCGAAUUGUGUUCUGCUGCUCGUCUCCGGUGGCGAUCUAUCAGUUACGCCAGCACUGCCCGGAUCUGGUAUGCGGUCUCUGGAUGGACAAACUGACGCUGUCACGUGCCCAGCAAUACUUUAGUGCGUCAACCAUCCUGAUGUCCGUUUACGGAGCCAUUUUCCGGAACAUCAUCGCACCGGUCAUCGGCAUCAGCCUCGUGUUUAUCCACAAGGAUGAGUUCAACGCGCAAAUCUCCACCUUGUGGCACAACGUCGGGGUGCGGCCGAUAGUCUACAAGAUCAAUUCACCGAACGAGAAGCGCUACUUCCAGCAGGUUACCAAAACCCAAUAUCUGACGGAUUCGCUGCGUUCCGAGCCGCAAAUCAUCUUCAAGUCCAAGCGCCAUUAGCGCUGGCCAGCAGUGCAUUACGACAUCGAACGAUAUUUAUACACAACCGCCGCGUGUUAGUCAUUUUGCAGUGUAGCAGUAAGGAGGGAGAAAAGAGGGUUGUCUCCAGCAGGGAUUUUACGUUACAUACUAAAAAUGGCAGCAGCAUCAGAAGAUGUAAUUUAGUCGAACAAAACCAACCGUGUGACGAUGUGCAUAGUUCUAGAGGCCAUCUGGUUUUGCAUUUCAUGAAGCUUUAUGUGCAGUUUUCUUGUGUUCCUUUUUUUGUUUAAAAUUAUUCUAUGUUUUUUGUAGAAUAUACGUAUUUAUUUUUA